UAAGCUCUUAGCCACCGCCCCGGCCUAGGCACGAGCUCGGAACACUGAACCCGCACCUCGGACCUGCAGUCCGCCGCCGCACGCCAUGGACCUACGCCUCUGUCCCUGCCGCAAGGCCCUGCUCCCGAGUGGCCUCCUGUUUGAACUGCUGCUGCUGCUGCUGCUGCUCUCGGACCCGGCGCUCCAGGCCCAACGUCACCCCCCAGUGGUGCUGGUGCCUGGUGAUUUGGGUAACCAAUUGGAAGCAAAGCUGGACAAGCCCUCCGUAGUGCACUACCUUUGUUCCAAGAGGACCGACAGCUACUUCACUCUCUGGCUGAACCUCGAACUGCUGCUGCCUGUCAUCAUUGACUGCUGGAUUGACAAUAUCAGGCUGAUUUACAACAGAACAUCCCGGGCCACCCAGUUUCCUGAUGGUGUGGACGUGCGUGUCCCUGGUUUUGGGAAGACCUUCUCAUUGGAGUUCCUGGACCCCAGCAAAAGCAGUGUGGGUUCCUAUUUCCACACCAUGGUGGAGAGCCUUGUAGGCUGGGGCUACACACAGGGUGAAGAUGUCCGAGGGGCCCCCUAUGACUGGCGCCGAGCCCCAAAUGAAAACGGGCCCUACUUCCUGGCCCUCCGAGAGAUGAUCGAGGAGAUGUACCAGCUGUAUGGGGGCCCUGUGGUACUGGUUGCCCACAGUAUGGGCAACAUGUACACACUCUACUUUCUGCAGCGGCAACCACAGGCCUGGAAGGACAAGUAUAUCCGUGCUUUUGUGUCACUGGGAGCUCCCUGGGGGGGCGUGGCCAAGACCCUGCGCGUCCUGGCCUCAGGAGACAACAACCGCAUCCCUGUCAUUGGGCCUCUGAAGAUCCGGGAGCAGCAGCGGUCUGCAGUCUCCACCAGUUGGCUACUGCCCUACAAUCAUACCUGGUCACCUGAGAAGGUGUUUGUACACACACCUACAACCAACUACACACUGCGAGAUUAUCAACGGUUCUUCCAGGACAUUGGUUUUGAAGAUGGCUGGCUCAUGCGGCAGGACACAGAGGGGCUGGUUGAAGCCAUGGUGCCACCUGGUGUGCAGCUGCACUGCCUUUAUGGCACUGGUGUCCCCACACCAGACUCCUUCUACUAUGAGAACUUCCCUGAUCGCGACCCUAAAAUCUGCUUUGGUGAUGGCGAUGGCACUGUGAACUUGGAGAGUGUCCUGCAGUGCCAGGCCUGGCACAACCUCCAGGAGCACCAAGUGUCAUUGCAGGAGCUACCAGGCAGUGAGCACAUUGAGAUGCUAUCCAAUGCCACUACCCUGGCCUAUCUGAAACGUGUGCUCCUUGGGCCCUGAUUUCUGUGCCAGGCAGGGCUGCUGAAUGGCUUGGCCAUGGGGUUUCCCCCAGUCUCUGGGACUGUCAUCAAGCUCCUGGGUCUUGGGCUUUGGAUUAUCUGCCUUGAGAAAGUACUGUUUCUUAUCCUUCCUCUAUGGUAGUGAAGAAGGAGAAAAUAAGCAUGGACUCAAGGGACACUUAUAGAAAGAAUGCUGCUGCUGUUGGAUUUGUUGUGACCUCAGAAAUGGGCUCUGCGGGGUGGAUUGGUUGGUACCUGGCCCCAAUCUCCAACUUGGGGGUCAUACAUUCCUUCUACCCCUAUGGCCUUUCCAAACUUGACCACUGGCCCUUGGACUUCCUGUGAGAGAUGUUACUUAGCAAUGGUCCCUGCCCCCACAGGUCCCAGGGUGACCCUUUUCACAUGCUGGCCUCAAGUAGGCCUGCUGUUGGCCAUGGGUGGCUGGAGCUGCUGGCUUCCCUGUGGCCUCACUGGUAGACACAGUGGCCUGACUUCAGGCCAUGGGGUAGGCUUCAUGGGGUAGCCUGGUACCCCCUGCAGGCAGGGGCAAUUUGUUUUGUUUUCCAUGGUUCCCAGAUCCAGGGGCAUAUACUCCACUCCUACCUCUCACCUCCAGGAGCAGCCUACUCUGGAUCAGGCAGCAGAUGCUCCCUCAGUUUUGGGGGCUAUGUCCCAGAAGUCCUGAUCCCCUUGGUUGUGCUGUGUCAGUCCUAGUAUUGAAGCUGGUUCCCUUGGCUCUGGGACUGUGGUUCAAGGAGAGCUGUGCCCAGUGCCAUGACCUUUUAGGGAACUGAAGGAAGCAACCAUGGUUGCUCAGAGCUGCCUUGAGGUGCCCUCUUGCAAACCCUACCACCACAUUACCAUCCUGCUAGGGUCUCUUAGAACCUAGCUGGGCUGGCACAGGGCUGAGAGGUAGUGGGUUUCUGACCCACUGCCCAGCACCUCCUCCCAGGAAGCUGAAUGGUAUUUAGUUUCCAGGGUCUAGCCCAGAGACUUGAGAGCCAGGAGCCUAGGGCCCAUCUAGGGGUUUUCUGUCUGCCCCAGGGAUGCUAUAUGGUCUCCUGUGAUAGCUGGGAUGGAGAAUCUGGACCUGCCUAAUGGCAGUGGGUGCCAAAUGGGCAUGUGGCUAUAGGCUGAGAUCUAGGUCCAAAGCCACCUUCAGGCUGGUCUGCAUUGUUGUACCACCAGAUUUCACAAUUCUAGAUUUUCCAUGUUGUACACAUGUCCAGCAUCUGUCUCUUCCUUUAUUCCUGGGUGGUGAUCCCUGUAUGGGGCUCUGAGCAGGCUGUAUCUAGAUACUGGCAAUAAAAAUAUUCUGA